AUGGCCGCCACCGAUGGCCAAAUCAUUCUGGCCGCCUCCCGCUUCGGCGACUCCACGCCCGUCUACCUGCGCGACUUCUCCAAACAGCCCCUGCCGGCGGUGGCCAAGAUCCUCAAGGGCCAGCACCAGGCCCUCGGGGUGCCCACCUUGUCGGCGCCCUCGCUCCAGAGCACCGCCCUGUUCCUGAGCGCCGGCAAGAAGUACCAGAUCCUGGCCCAGCCGAUCAAGAUCAAGGAGGGUCGCAAGCCCACCAACGUGGGCGCCAAGGUGCUCAUCCCAGAAACCUACGGCGGCUACUUCGAGCUACUCAGCGAAGAUGGCCGCUCCACGCGAUGCAUCGACUCGGUGCUGGAGCUGUCCAGGCGCCGCAACGCCCGGGUCCUGGUGCGCGAGACGUUCCGUUGCCAGCAAAUGAACCGCACCAUCCAUGCCGGCGAACUUCUCACCACGAUGAACGACAACGGGAAGUACCUGCAGUGCCGGAACAUCAAGGACGAGAUCAUCAAUCUGCCACUCGAUACCAAAGCCAAGUUCUCGCCGAUCGCCCGGGAGGACAGCAUCAGCGGUGUGCACACCGUCAAGAAUCUGCUGCUCAAGCGGAUGCCAGUCAUUGUGAGACUUGUCCAUGGGAGUGCGCCCAAGGGCCUCAAGCAGCCAUUUGUCCCAGAGCUCCGGCUGCUGGGGUGCGUCGAGAUCGACAGGAUCUUCGCCCUGCCCCUGCAGAAGGACACGGACCUGGUGCCGGUGCCGCUGAACGCGAAGAUCAAGCUGCAGCGGGCCAAGAACAUGGAGCAGCUGGAGCACUUUAUCGAGUACACGCGCUUCCUGGACAAGGCCCAGCGCCUGCUGGCGGACGCACGCGAUCGGCUCCAGAUCGUGGAUCUCAAGCUGAGCGAGAAGGAGAAGAAGGACUCCAAGUUCAGCAGUCGGAAUGGCAGGCUGCCGGUGGUGAUGCUGCCGUCGGCGGCGGGCGUGGCCAGCGGGCUGGCGGAGAGCGGGUAUGUCCUGCGGAAGAGUGCCAGCUGCGACUCGUGGUCCAAGCAACAGAUCCUGAGCAGCAGCGAAAUACCCGAGGAGUAUAACGAGAUCGAUCACAUAUACGACUAUGUGCGGGGCCUGACGCCGCUCUCGAAGGGACUGGCGCGCUUCGAGCCCAUCUGCGAGUCGCCCACGCUCCGCUCCCAUCACACGGACAGCGGCAGCGGCAACUACUGCAGCCUCAUCCGUGCCCCAGUACACCAGCAGGGCACCACCUCGGGCAACAACAACAACAACUACAGCAGCCUGGAGUCCAACAAGCACAGCAGCAGCAACGGUGGCAACCAUCACACCACCCAGCCACAGCAGCAACAGCAGCCGCAGCAACACCAUCACCACCACCACCUGGUGAACCACUACCAUCAUGGCCAUAUUCAGGAGGACAUCAAGCCGGUGCCGCCUCCGAUCGAGACCAUUCCCGGCAAGAAGCCGGCGGAGAAGCGCCAGCGUCCCACUCUACCAAAGCUUUACAUCAAGAAUGCCCACAGUGCUGGGAGCAGCAGCAACGGCAACUCCACGGGCACCACCCACAGCAACAGUCACAGUCACAGUCAAAGCCACAGUCACAGUCACAGUCACAGUCAGAGUCACAGUCACAGCUAUAGUCACAGUCAUGUCCACAGUCACAACCAGCAGCAGCAGCAACAACAGCAGCCGCCCACUCCGAACGGGAACACGGCUAACGCGGUGGCCAAUGCAGCAGCUGCCGCAGUGGCAGCGGCCCACUCCCACGCCCAUGGGCACUCCCAUCACGGCUCGCAUCCGCAUCCCCAUCAGCACUCGCAUCCGCAUCCCCUACCACAUCCGCAUCACGGCAAGGUGCUCACUCCGAACAACCAUCUGCCGGCCAAGGAGGCUCUGGAGCCGCAGUCGCCACUGUUUCACAUUAGAUACAAGAGCCUCAGCAGCCUGCAACUGACGCCGGACAACAACAACUGCGCCGCCGUGACGCCGCCGACGAUCUCAGCCCACGGCAAGUCAUCCGUAGCGGGUGGUGGGAGUGGCGCAGGUGGAGGGGGAGCUGCGCCGGGCACCCCGGGCACACCGCCCGAUGUGGUGCUCAAGUGCGGCAGCAUCCUCAACGUGCACGGCUACCUGUCCAGCCCGCAUCCCCUGCCCAUGCCCCUGUCCCACAGCCGGAGCUCCAGCAGCAACAACCACCACAAUCCGCGCGAGGGCACCCUGGACUCGUCGCGGAGCGGCGGCCGGACAUCCGGCGACUCGAACAAGCUGCCGGAGAAGAAGACCCGCCGCCUGUCCCGGCCCCGGAGCCUGUCCAACUUGGUCUGGGACCUGCGGCCGUCGAAGGAGAAGUCGAAGAAGAAGCUCUACAUCCAUCACUUCGACCAGCGGCAGCAGGCGACGCUGUAUCUGUAGGAUGCGCUGUAUCUCGAGGAUGACGAUGACUACGAAGAUGAUGAUGAUGAUGAUGACGAGGAAGUAGCAGCACGACGAUGAUGAUGAUAAUGAUGAUGAUGAUGAUGAUUCGUUGCCAACUCGUUUCUAGCUGCCAUCGACCCCCACAACAACAACAAACAGAACAACAACAACACAAAAAUAAACAAAAACAACAUGAAGCAGAAGAAGAAGAGCAACAGAAACAUAACUACGAAACAAUAACAAAAACAUUUGGCACGCUGUGUGUGUUCCUGCAGCUUUCACCAUUUAGCUUGCAGCAGCAAUUUUAAUUAACAUUGAAUUGUGCCUUUCCCUGCUAUGCCCAGAACUAUAUGCUUUGCAUCCCAAACAAAAUAAAAAUCUCAACAAAUCGAACAAGCCGAACAACUAAUUCCACUGAAAUAUUCGACGGGAAUAUUUUUACUGGAUGAGUGGAUGACGGAUGGAUGGAUUGAAGGAGGAGCUAUCGAAAUAAUGGAAUGCUGCCACACACACAGCAGUAGAGAAACUCAAACCCACAGGACACAUGCUACAUGCCACAUACCACACACCCCAAACACCCCAAACACCAACACACACACACAUCAAGUCUAUAAAAUUGUGAUUUUAAUUUUAUGUUUAAUUUAAAUAAUUAUUGCAAAUCAUUUUCUAUGUAGAUGAAAAGCCAUUCAUGCUGUUCAGUCAAAUACGAAAUACGAAUUACGAGAAAUUUCACGUUAAAAUGUUAAAAAUGUCAGAGAAAAUUAGUUGUCCAUUGAAGAGAGAUAUGAUAAUUGAGAUACUUAAGAUAUGAAUAUAGAGUAUCCGUACUGUAUGUAAACAGGAUAGCGAAAUCGAAAGGAGAACUUGUAACUAAGUGUAAGCAAUAUUAUCAAUCAAUCAAUCAACCAACCAAGUAUAUCAAUCGUUUAGAGAACGUUAUGCAACGCAGCUCGCACAUUAUGCAGCACCAGCAACUAAAUCUAGCUAAAAUGAAUUUAUAAAUUAAUGCAAUGAAUUUCCUCCUCAUAAUUUAAAUGUUGUGCAAAAUGUUGAUUGAUCCAUAAUCGAAGUAAUUAGUAAUUAGUUUGCUCAGAGCAAAAUACUCCUCUGAAUCCCCCUACAAUCCCCCUACAAGCUUAUCCCCACAAUUUGCUCGCAAUUGCAUUGUCUUAGUCGUUUAGCCUGUACAUUUUAGUUGUAUUGUAUCCAGCUUACAUAGCCUAUAAAUAGCGAGUAUAUAUGCGUACAUGAUUUAACUAUAUACUGAUAUAUAUGUAACUUGUAUUUGUGUCUAAAUAAAUGUCUCAGAUAAAUAAAUGUAUAUGCAAAACA